AUGAAUGUAAAAUAUCUUGCUGCUCAAUCAAAGCAGUACUUAACCGAGACUGAUGUAAAUGUCUCUUUAGGGAUAUUUCAUUCACCCUCGGUUCAACCCAUGAAUCAUUCAGCUGCUGGUAAUUCCCCUUCUUCGUAUAGUGCUGGUAAAGCCAUGCGUAGUUCAGCCGCUAGGCCGAACGUAGGUGGGGUACUCCAAGCUCUGAAUAUGGGGGGAAAUUCAAAUGCCGGAUCACAUUCUUAUGCCAGCUCAUUUUCCAUCAAUUUGGACUCUGGAAAAUAUGACUCUCCAAAUGUUCAACCUGCUUAUCACAAACGAGCAGCUGGUUCUGGAGCUGCACAAAAUCCUGUGAGUAAUUACAGCCGACCACCUCACUCAUUGUAUCAGCAGCCACCACAGAUGUAUGCAAACACAGGGCUGAUGGCCAAAAAUGAAGCUCCUGCACGAAUCAUACCUAUUGCAGCACUGAAUAUUUAUCAAGGGAGGUGGACAAUUAAGGCCAGAGUGACAUCAAAGGGUGAGUUCAGGCACUAUAAUAAUCCUAGAGGUGAUGGCAAAGUUUUCUCUUUUGAUCUUCUUGAUUCCGAUGGAGGAGAAAUAAAAGUAACUUGCUUCAAUUCCGUAGCCGAUCAAUUUUACGAUCAAAUUGAACCUGGCAGAGUUUACAUGAUCUCAAGAGGCACACUGAAACAUUCUCAGAAGGCUUUCAAUCACCUACAUAAUGACCACGAAAUUAUGCUCGACAGUACCUCGACUGUGCAGCCAUGCUUUGAUGAUGAUAAAUCCAUCCCAAGGCACCAAUUUCAUUUUCGCCCAAUCAUUGACAUUGAAGGCUUGGAUAGCAAUAGCAUUGUUGAUGUGAUUGCUAUUGUAUCUUCAAUCAGUCCAACAAGCUCGAUUAUGAGAAAAAAUGGAACUGAAACUCAAAAGAGAACCCUCCAGCUGAAGGACAUGUCUGGAAGGACUGUCGAGUUGACUCUGUGGGGAAACUUUUGUGAUGCUGAAGGCCAAACACUUCAGACCAUGUCAGAUGCUGGAGUCUUUCCUGUUCUGGCUGCAAAAUCCUGCCGUGUUAAUGAUUUCAGUGGGAAAUCAAUGGGGACCAUAUCCACUAGCCAGCUGUUCAUAGAGCCUGAGAUACCUCAGGCACUGAAGCUUAAGGCAUGGUUCAAUAGCGAGGGGAAGAGCAUGCCAGCUGUAUCUAUAUCCAGGGAUAGAAACGCGAUCCGUCCAGAUGUGCGCAAAACUAUAUCUCAGAUCAAAGAUGAAAAACUGGGCACGGCCGAAAAGCCUGACUGGAUCACGGUCUCUGCCACUCUUGCAUUCGUAAAAGUGGAUAAUUUUUGCUAUCCUGCAUGUCCAAUCACUAUUGGCGAUCGACAGUGUAGCAAAAAGGUUACGGAAACUGGAGACGGGAGAUGGAGGUGCGAAAGAUGCGACCAGUCAGUGGACGAGUGCGACUAUAGAUACAUCCUCCAAAUGCAAAUCCAGGAUCACACGGGCUCGACGUGGGUGACUGCUUUCCAAGAGAGUGGGGAGGAUAUAAUGGGUAUAUCGGCUAAAGAUUUGUAUUACUUGAGGUACGAUCAUCAAGACGACGAGAAAUUUCCCGAACUGCUACAUGGGGUUCUUUUCAGUAAAUUCCUGUUCAAAUUGAAGGUCAAGGAAGAAAGUUUCAGCGACGAGCAGCGUGUAAAGUCAACGGUGGUCAAAGCCGAGAGGGUGAAUUUCUCAACAGAGACGAGGUAUCUUCUGGACUUAAUAGCUGACUUCAAAAGGCAAGGGUCGGUUUCUGUGCUGCCUAAGACUGAGAGUGCUGUCACAAAAUCAGCAGCAUCUGGUAUGAUUCACAGCGGAAUUUAUAAUAGCAAUAAUGUGGCUAGACAAUGUGGCUAUAGUAAUAGUAACAAUGAGUAUGGUGGGUCGAGAUUUAUUUCGUCUGGUUCGACUGGUGUGCAUAUGAGCUGCAGUAGCUGUGGUGGCACGGGCCAUAAUCUUAGAGACUGUCCAAGGGUUGUGAGUGGUACAGGGCUGAACUAUGGGUACAAUGAGAUGAGCUUGGGUUCGCGUGCGGCUUAUGGGGUCAGUAAUGUGGGACCCGUGAGAUACGGCAUGCCGCCAAAGCAACAAUUUGGUGGGUUUUGA